AUGGCAGGAUCAUCGAUGGCCAGCCAGGAGAAGUCCGAUGCUUUUUCAGCCCGGGGGACCAUGCAGGAUCAUGAAAAAGAGAGCACUGUGCCGGUGGAGUAUACCCCGGAGGAACUGAAGAAGGUGGUGCGGAAGAUGGAUUGUUGUCUUUUGCCCCUUUGCUUCGUGCUGUACUCCUUCUCCGUGCUGGAUCGAGCCAAUCUAGGAAAUGCGAAGCUUGUGGGAUUAAAAGACGACAUCGACCUGUCCGGCAACCACUAUGACUGGCUUGGGAACAUUUUCUACAUCAGCUACAUCAUCUUUCAAUUCAACACUCUGGGGUGGAAGAUCUUCAAGCCCCAUAAGUGGGUGGCGUUUGUGGUGCUCUACUGGGGAAUCGCCAGUACCCUCCAGGCCGCUGCCUUUAAUUGGAGCGGUCUCAUGGCUUGCCGAUUCUUCCUGGGAUGGGCAGAGACCAUGUUCGGUCCUGGGAUCCCCCUCUAUCUCUCCUAUUUCUAUCCGCGCGAGACUGUCGGCACCCGAUUUGGCAUCAUUCUUUCUGGCUCCGCGCUGGCUAAUGCAUAUGGUGGCGCGCUCGCCUAUGGACUGGGCCAUGUGCAUUCCAGUAUCUCCAGCUGGCGAUUCCUCUUUAUUAUCGAGGGCGUCCCAACCGUAUUGCUUGCCAUUGUGAGUUGGUUUUGGAUCCCCGAUUCUCCGUCCACGGCACGAUUCUUGAAUCUGCGCGAACGUGAGAUUGCUCAAGCAUAUGCGAACGCGCAGCCUGGGGAUUAUCAGAAUGAAGGCCUCCAGUGGGAUCAACUGGGCGAGGCCUUCAAGGACUACCGAAAUUGGAUGUUUGCCCUGCAGAACUUCUGCAACAACGUCACCUUCGCCUCGCUCCCCCUUUUCUUGCCGACUGUCAUCUCCGAGAUCGGGUCAUUCAGUGGCGUUGAAUCGAACGGUCUGACCGCACCACCCUACGUGCUUUGUUUCUUCCUCAUCAUUGCGGUCUCGUUCCUCUCAGACAGGCUGCGCAUGCGCGGGCCUUUCGCUGCCUUUUUCGCUCUCCUGGCGGCCAUUGGUUUCAUUCUCCUGGGUACCACCGAGAGCAUCGGGCCCAGAUACUUUGCCGCAUUCUUGGUCGUCCUGUCGUUUGUCACGACUUCGCUUGCCUUGAUCUGGAACUCCAACACCAAUCCUACGGGGUCGAAGAAGGCAGGUGGGUUAUGGAUCAUGUUUACGAUCGGGCAGUGUGGACCCAUGUUAGGAAACAAUAUCUUCCCUAGCUCCGAUGGUCCCUAUUAUCGGAAGGGAUCUUGGAUCUGCUGCGCCAUUUCCUUAUUAACUGGCGUCACCGCCAGUACGUUGAGCUUUCUGCUUUGGCGGGAGAAUAAGCGCCGGGAUCGCCUUUACGGACCCGUCGAGGAGAGCCAACCGAUUGACAUGUCCUCAAAGGAAAGUAUAGAAGCUGGGUUGCGCUACAUUAUUUAA